AUGGAAGACGAGUACGUCGGUGGGCAAGCAACUGCACUCUUGUCAACCAGAGAAUGUGCAGUUACUGCAGAACAAUCUCAGUUCUUUCGUUUGAGAUGCCUAGAUUUUUACACUGACAGCGUCGGCCGAAUUCUGAAGCGGAUCCCUUUUCAAGAAUCUGUUUGGAGACAUUUGAAACUGCUUGAUCCAGCUGUGUGCAUGAACGGAUCGGCAGCGUCUAUUGCACCACUGGCACAUGCCUUCCCGAAUUUAAUCUCAGGCAAAGCCAUGCAGGCUUUGGACACUGAAUGGCAAUAUUUAACAAAUGCUGAUAUCCCUGCAAGCAAAGGUUCUUUGUUGCACGAGUUCUGGGGAACAGUGCUUACUCAGAAACACUGUGAUGGAAGCACCGCUUUUCCUGCAUUGACAGAGUUCGUGUCGGCUGUACUGUGUUUGCCACAUUCCAAUGGAGCUGUUGAACGUGUGUUUUCUGCUGUCAACAACAUGAAGACAAAGCUGCGGAAUAAGUUGAGCACUGAGACUAUUUGUGGCCUUCUUCAUACAAAACGCCUCACGACAUCUUCAGCAUGCCAUAAUUUCAACAUUGACAGAGAACUGAUGAUGAGGAUGCACAAUUUGCGUAAAGAGCAGGUUAUGUGCACCUGA